AUGACGACUCUCAAAAGACCUUUCGAACAGUACAACAUUGUCCAAGAGACAAUUCCCGGAGUGCAUGAGGAGAUUAAACGAUUUAAGAGUAGCAGAGACGAAGAGUAUCAUAACACCAUCGAACAUAUACCAGCAACACAAAAAGGGUUGGUAGUAACUUCAUUCUCCGAAGAUUUAAAGCUUGAGACUAAUUUGCCUGUACCACAAAAGUUGCAGCCCUACGAAAUCCUAAUAAAAAACAAGUUCAUCGGUUUAAAUCAUGUUGAUUGGAAGAGCAAGAAAUACAGGUUCAGCAUUUAUUCAUUCCCUUGGGUAAACGGUAGAGAAUCCUCCGGUAUUGUAGUGAAGCGAGGUGAGAAGGUUGACCUUAAAAAGUUUCCUCUUGGAUGUGAAGUGUUUAUUGCAAGCACAACAUACAGAGACCUCAGAACAUCAACAUUUCAAGAGUAUACUGUUUUUGAUUCACGCCUGGUAUGGAGGGUUCCGGAGAAGGUCGGCUUAGAUUUCGCUUCUGGAAUUGGCGUCAGUUUAGUAACAGCGGGCGCAGCUCUACCGUUAAAAAACUAUUCCCAAGUAGACUCUGAAAAGAAACAAAGUAUUAUAAUCUGGGGAGGUUCAACUGCUGUGGGCAUAUUUGUAGUUCAACUUGCAAAAAGCCUUGGUUUCAAAACCAUCAUUGCGAUCACAUCAAAAAAACAUGAAAAGUACCUACAUUCACUUGGGGCAACCCAUGUGAUACACAGAGAGCUCACAGAAGACAUGAUAAUAAAGACGGUGAAGAAAAUUAGUCCAAAUGGUGUGGCUCAUGGUGUUGAUUUAAUUUCUAAGAAGACAGCAACGGUUCUAUCUUCGGUUUUGCUGCCUGAAAGCACUCUUAUUUGUGCUGCUGGUUGCCCUAACCAGGAAGAUCUUAAAGACAAGAAAAUAAUUGCAGAACCUAUUAACCUGAAGAGAUUUCACGAGGACUUGGAUUAUGGGCAGGAGUUUGUCAGGUACACUUCAGAGCUUUUCGAAAAGAAUCGUCUCAAACCCUUAUCUAAUCUAAAACUGUUCAAGGGCUUUGAUAAUUUCUGUCAAGGAAUCAGGAAUGGACUCAGGGAACUCGAGGAAAGAGGGGCAAGUGCAGAAAAAUAUGUUGUUAUCAUUUAA